GAUCAUCCUUCGACAGGAGUUUCCACGACAGCUGAGAGCAGCAGCUUGUCUUUUCUCCUACAACAUUGGCCUUUUUUUAAAACUCCAGUAAGACGAAGUUGCGUACAAUGGGAGACAAGAAAAGUCCCACAAGGCCAAAGCGGCAAUCCAAGCCCUCCUCCGACGACGGAUACUGGGAUUGUAGCGUCUGCACAUUCAGGAACAGCGCCGAGGCAUUUAAGUGCAUGAUGUGUGAUGUCAGGAAGGGGACGUCAACUCGAAAACCACGGCCUGUUUCUCAGUUGGUUGCACAGCAAGUAAAUCAGCAGUUUGCACCACCCACACAACCCAAAAAGGAGAAGAAAGAAAAAUCAGAGAAGGAGAAGAGUGAUAAAGAACCAGCACUGAAAAAGAACAGCCAUAAAAAGAUGAGGCCCAGAUUAAAAAACAUAGACCGGAGCAGUGCCCAGCAUCUAGAGGUCACCGUUGGAGACUUGACUGUAAUAAUCACAGACUUUAAAGAGAAAGCCAAGCCCACAUCCACUUCUGCAAGUGGUGCCUCCGCAGACCAACACAGUCAAAGUGGCUCCAGCUCUGACAAUACUGAACGAGGGGUCUCCAGGUGCUCCUCGCCCCGCGGGGAAGGCUCAUCAGUCAAUGGAGAGACUCACUAACCUCCACACUCCCAGAUGGUGCAACCACAUCCCUCUGCAUCUUCAACCGCCUCAAUGAGAGAUUAACUUCAACAUGCACAUUUCUUUCUUUCUUUCUUUUUUUUAAAAAAAAAAAAACAUCUGCCAAUAUAACAUUCACUUCCUUUGGGGGUGUACUUUUCACUGCCUUCCCACGAUGAGCAAGAAUUCAGGAGUCACGACUGUUAUGAGAAUGCUCCAUUUAAAGAACUACUGCAGUGAGAUGUGUCAUGAUGAACUGAAAACGUCACAGUAGCAACAAGUCCCGGAUGUACAAUGGAACCCUGCCAUGUGAUGUGGUGGCACGAGUCACGACACUUCAGUGUUAACGUUGGCAUCAUACUCUUACGUGUUGAUUUUGAUUGUUCCAAGUAUGAACUUUGGAGAGUAUUCAAGAGCGUUAGCUGCAGAGAAUGACUUAUUAUGCAUUAUGAAAGAAAAUGUGAAGCAUUCAUCUCAGAAUCGUAGUUUACCCUUAAAUUUUGUUAUCAAAUUAUUUGCACUUGCUGGCUCUUAUGUUUAUGAAAACAUGUUUUUUAGCAUUAUUUCCAGUUUUGCCAUUCUGUUCGUGAAUUGUGUCACUGUUGGUUACUGGCCAUAUCAAGCUCUCUUGUUUUAUGCCAUUGGAUGCAAUAAAUUGCAUUACUGUCUAA